GCAGGUGCUGCUUAGUUCAGAGUUGUUGUGUUCGCUCUCCUCUUUCUUCUUUCUUCUUUCGAAAGCAAACCCAAAACUCUCAAGUGGAAAAACCUUUCUCUGAUUAAACCCUAUAUCCAUGGAGUGGAUUCGCGGUAAAGAAAUCGGCCGGGGAAGCUUCGCCACCAUCUACACAGCAAAACCCACCAGCCCAUCUUCUUAUCUUCCGCUGCUGGUGGCCGUGAAGGCGUCUGAAUCCGGCUACUCUGAUUCGCUCAAGAACGAGAAGCAAGUCCUCGACCAAAUCGGCUCCUGCCCACAAAUCAUCCGCUGCUUCGGCGCCGAUCACUCCGUCGAGAACGGCGAGAAAUUCUACAACUUGGUUCUGGAGUACGCCAGCGGCGGUACUCUGGCGGACGAGCUCCAAAGAAACGGCGGACGCUUGCCGGAAUUUGAUGUUCAACGCCACACAAAGUCAGUGCUCAGAGGCCUUGAAUUCAUCCACGCAAAAGGGUUCGUCCACUGCGACUUGAAGCUUCAGAAUGUCCUGGUUUUCGGCGACGGCGCGGCGAAAAUUGCCGACUUCGGGCUGGCGAAGAAGCAGGGGACGGAUAACAAGGUCGAAGUAAGGGGAACGCCACUGUACAUGGCGCCGGAAUCUGUUAACGACAAUGAAUACGAGUCCUGCUCCGACGUCUGGGCUCUCGGGUGUUUGGUGGCGGAGAUGGCGAGCGGGAAACCGGUGUGGGAUCACAACCCCGGCGUGAACAUGUUCAAGCUUCUGAUGAGGAUUGGGGGCGACGAGUUGCCGCAAAUCCCAGAGGAGUUGAGUGAAGACGGCAAAGAUUUUGUUUCCAAGUGUUUUGUGAAGGAUCCAAGACAGAGAUGGACGGCUGAGAUGCUUCUUGAGCACGCGUUUGUUUCCGGCGACGAUCACACUGUUCCGUCGGAGGAGAAGGCGCAGCUGUCGGCGUCUCCGAGAGGCCCAUUCGAUUUUCCGGAUUGGGUUUCGGUGGCGAGUACAGAAAUUUCUCCACAAUUUGUGGAUUCGUCUGGGAAAAAUUUGGACUCCGAGUUCGAUUGGUCGUCGAGAAAGAGUUUCGUUCCGGCGGCUGAUCGGUUGCGGCAAUUGGCGACGGAGGAGAAACCCAAUUGGUCGUUCUCUGAAGAUUGGGUAACAAUUAUGUGAUUCAAGAAUCGGGUAAUUUUCUGCGGCAGAGUAGGCGACGGAGGUAAAAAAACAGAGGAGGAGGAGUUGAAGAUUGUGAGAUACCACAGUAUUCGUUGAUUCUUUUUAGUGACUGUAAAUUUAGAGUAGGGCAGAAGCAGAUGAUUUUAACAGUCUGGUCCUGAUUGGCGCCACGAGUGGGUGGAUAAAACUGUACAGAAAUUUUUUGAUUGACUUGAAUAGUUGAGAUUAUAUUUUCCUAGAAAAA